AUGGCACCUACAGAUGCUGUACAAAUCAAGUCAGAGACUUUCGAAUCCUCUUCCUCUGAAGCUCUCACAAGAAUCACGCAACGGAGUACUGAGCGUCUCUCUCCGUCUUCAAAAGUGGUCUUUCGCCGAUUUCGUCGACAUGCCUCCUCAAUGAUGGAGACCCAAGCUGCUGGCGAAUCUUGCUGGGAACUGUUGGAGCAAGAAUAUCCCGAUCAUCUCGAGUGUUAUUACUGUCGAGACAUGCAUUCCAUGGAUGAAAUACACAAAUACGCGACUGGGUCGGCUGAAAGUAUUGUCUUCUCAGACCCGUGCUGGAAAAUGAAUAGCAGAGUACGCACAGCAACAUUCAUUCAUCCGAAUUUUAGUUUCACCGUUUUCCGAAUGAUCAUGAAACGUCAUCGCCAAGGAAAGAACUGCGACAAGGAGUUGAAUUUGCUUGCUUACCGAAGUGGAGCUGUAAGAGAAGGUGCUCAAGUCAAGCAAAUCGUUGCUGUACCGAAGAUCGUCGAUGGGAGAAUGUUCAUGCGCUCACAGACUAUAUAUGUCAUACCAUCGAAAGAGGGAAGUCAGAUGUACCUUGUGUGUAACAAUCUGGUCGAGUGUCCUCAUACGGAUGCGUUCAGUCGUGACAAUGGAGAAGUCACGCAUCGACUGUACCAAAGGCUUGCUGCCAUUGAAACGAUUCCGAGAGGUCGUUUGGAGAAGGUUAUGAGUUGUCAGUGCAGAUUCUGUCCGACUGAAUUCGAGAUCAACCUGCAGAGGUUCGAAGGACAGAGUGCUGUCAUUGUCGUCAAUAAAUGGCAAGAUCUCGGAAGUGGAUUGUCUCCCCUUCCUACAGAAUUGCCUCCUGUAGUUGGCCCGUCCAAAGUCAUCCGCAGGGCUCGAAGAGCAGAAACGCAAAACCUCCACCCUUCGCCACGAGCCGGAUCAGAGGAUUCCCAAGCUGUUUCUACUCUUGAACACAAAGAAGUAAAGGAAGUUUUCCGCAAGAGCAACUCGAUGCUAGCCAGAAUCAACAAGGCCCAGGAUUCUUUUUGGUGGGGAUACCUUGCCGCAUUCGGUUGUGAGGAACUACCCUGGCAAAGUACAAGGGAGGGAAGUGGGGAUCGAUUGUAA